AUGGCGGCAUCUAUGCAGGAUGUGUCGCCAUCUUUUACCUCGUCUCCCACAUCCACAAUGACUACGACUUCCACACCCAAACCAGACAAGCCUCGCAAGCUACGAUCGGCCUGCGAUGCCUGUCACCGGUCCAAGACUCGAUGCUCGGGCGGCAACCCUUGUACCCGAUGCCACGAGUAUAUGAGUCCAUGUACCUACAGCUAUUCCUCACGCUGCGGCAAACCCAAGGGGGCCCGCAGUCGUAAAACUCUGGAGCGGGAGCAGCGGGUGGCGGCGGCUGCGGCAGAGUCCGCUCGGAUAGCGGGGAACCCGCUCCCGUCUGCUCUAGCCUCCACCACCUCCGCCACGGCUACGGCCACUCCCUUCCAGUGUCCAACCGCCGACACUGCGGCUGCCGCAACCGGCGCCACCACGUCCACGGUCGCGUCUCCCCGUGCUGACGACUGUCUCGGUCUGUUCGACGACGAGGAGGAAUUGCUCCCCGUUUUCUCCAGCUGCGGUGAGGAUACCGGGGCUAGUACUGCGUUUUCGACGGACUGGAUCCCUCCUCUGCCCUCCAUAUCCGACUCCGACCUUUCGUUCCCGUUAAUAGAUUCAGGGUUAGCCCCGGACCCUGACCUCAAUGACUCCAUUUUCUGGAGCACGAUCGCCGAGCCUGACUGCCAGCCGGCGAGCAAGGAGCUGCUGGAUCCUCGAGCCAAGCUGCUGCGCUCCUGCAAAUGUCUCCAGACCCUCAGCAACCUCACUUCCCGAGACAUCCGUCGAUUCGAUGCCACGUUUAUGUUUGUCCGGAACUUUGCUCGUGCAUUUUCCGCCUUCUAUUGUUGUUCACACUGCCCGAAAGAUGCCGGCAGUAUCAGUAUGGCAGUGACCGCGUUGCAGCUGGCAACGACAGCCCUGGAAAAAACCGCCAACAUAGGGACCGAAGCUGCUGUCUUCAAGUCAGGCUGCUCAGGCAUGACCUCCGCCGACCUGGACGACGACCUACUCUCGCCAAGCUCCGACCUCUUCCUGCCGUCGAGCAACAGCAGUGGCCCCAACCCCUUCUUCCAGCUGGGAAGCUACCAAAUCGCCCCUCUGCCGGGAGAACCCGAGGCGGAGGAGCAUAGUGAGAUCCUGAACAUCUUGAUACGGUCCGCGGUGCGCCGCUUAUUGGCCGUCUGCUGGCAGAUCUGGGAUCUGCUCCGUGGUCCCGCUUCCCGCGACGGCCGGGGGUAUGUCUUUGACCCCCUUGACUCGUCUUCCUCAUCUUCCUCUUCCUCCUCGUCCUCCUUCUCAUUCGCCCCUGACAAUAACCAACUCUUUGAUCUUUCAUGCUCAGCCGAAGCAGCCCAGUUUCGGAGCACGCUGGUCCAGAUACCGGCUCGACUGUGCAACUUGCUGGCCUGA